AGAGAUGAAUGAGGAAAAUGGAAAUCGCUGCAAAUCACUCUUUGUUCAUUCACUUUAAAAAUUCAUUCAAUUUCCUCUUGAACUGCUCUCGGGCUCUCGGGCUUUGGUGACGUACCUAUUGGUGUUCAUAUAAACAAACACGCUGCACGCCGCGGUUAUUUCGAGUGGAGUGAGUGAACUGUGUUAUAGUGUCUUCGAACUGAAAACAUGUCUUUUUACUAUCCGAAAAACUUUCGGGCGAACGGCUGGGGGUGGCAUAGAAGCGCAAAUGCCGCGUCAGCAGUGAGGGGGUUCUUGUCCAAGGAAAGAGGGGGUGAAGGCAGCUCGGAGCCUCUGAUUGGCAACGGCAGUUUGUACCCUAGCCUUCCUUCGGAAGAUGAUUCUUUCUUUUCCGGGGUUAAAUUGUACCCGGCUCUACCUGCCGAGGAGUAUGAAAGUGGUGCUGUUGAAGAAGUGGUUGAAGAGGCUUGCGCUGCUGUGAAUGUUAAUUUGGAGGACGCGGCACAGGAAAGCCAGCAAGGAGAGCUGGAUUAUCAGCUCGGCGAAACCCGUCCAUCAUCAUUCGGCCCAGCUACGUACCAGGACUUCAAAGAGAUCAGAUCCCGUUGCCUAGCUGAUGGGAGGCUGUUCGAAGACCCUGAGUUUCCAGCGGUAGAGCGCAGCUUGUUCUACAAGGAGCGGCUGGACAGAAACCUGCAAUGGCUUCGACCUUCGGAAAUAUGCGAGGACCCGCAACUGUUCGUGGAAGGGUACAGUCGCUUCGACGUCCAACAGGGCGAGCUUGGCGACUGUUGGCUGUUGGCCGCUGUGGCCAACCUCACGCUGCACAGAAAGUUGUUCUUCCAAGUUGUGCCAGAUGACCAAAGCUUUGACGAAGACUAUGCUGGCGUUUUUCAUUUUCGAUUCUGGCAGUAUGGCCGCUGGGUGGACGUGGUUAUAGACGAUCGUCUGCCCACGUACCGGGGAAAACUUGUCUUCCUGCAUUCAUCCGAAAGGAAUGAGUUCUGGAGCGCACUGCUUGAGAAGGCGUAUGCUAAAUUGCACGGCUCAUACGAGGCCCUCAAGGGUGGUUCAACUUCUGAGGCCAUGGAAGACUUCACUGGGGGUGUCACUGAAAUGUAUGAGAUGAACGAACUGCCUCCCAACUUCUAUACUAUUCUAUUGAAGGCAUAUGAAAGAAACUCCCUUAUGGGCUGCAGUAUUGAGCCAGACCCAAACAUCCUGGAAGCUGAGACCCCAGUGGGUCUGAUCCGGGGCCACGCGUACUCCGUGACCCGGGUCAAAUACGUGGACAUCGAGACCCCGGGGCGUGCGGGGAAAAUCCCACUUCUACGUCUGAGGAACCCCUGGGGCAACGAGGCCGAGUGGAACGGACCAUGGAGCGAUAAAUCACCGGAAUGGCGUUUCAUACCUGAAUCAGAGAAGGAAGAAUUAGGUCUUACUUUUGAUGAUGAUGGGGAGUUCUGGAUGGCUUUCAAAGAUUUCUCCAGCCAUUUCGAUAGAGUGGAGAUCUGUAACUUGAACCCUGACUCCCUGGACCCAGAGGAGUGCCCUGAGGGAUGCACCAAGAAGUGGGAGAUGUCCGUCUUCGAGGGGGAGUGGGUCCGAAGAGUGACUGCAGGUGGCUGCAGGAACUAUUUGGAAUCCUUCUGGAAGAAUCCGCAAUAUACUGUCACUUUGAAGGACCCCGAUGAAGGCGACGACAAGUGUACUAUAAUCGUAGCCCUGAUGCAGAAGAACCGUCGCUCGCAGCGCCACCAGGGCCUGGAGUGCCUCACUAUAGGCUUCGCGGUGUACCGGCUCCCGGACUACGGCCACGUGCCCAGGCCACUCGACGUUAACUUCUUCAAGUACAACGCCUCCGUGGGCCGCUCCCAAGCCUUCAUCAAUCUCCGAGAAGUCAGCGCCCGGUUCAAGUUCGAGCCGGGCCAGUACGUGAUAGUGCCUUCGACCUUCGAGCCCGACGAGGAGGGCGAGUUCCUGCUGCGUGUGUUCUCAGAGAAGAGCAAUAACAUGACUGAAAAUGACGAAGAAGUCGGUAUGGGCGAUGUAGAUGAUAGGGUAAAAGAUAUAGCACCGAACCCAGAACCAGCGGACCCAGUACGCGACUUCUUCAACCGACUAGCUGGCGCCGACGGCGAAGUCGACUGGCUGGAGUUGAAAGAGAUCCUCGACUACGCUAUGAGAGAAGAAAUGGCAAUGCGUCAUGGCGGGGCGUACGAUGGAGGGGGAGGGGGGAUAACGCAGGGAGCUCCCCCACAGGAGCAAAACUGUCUCGAGCAGCUGCUGUGUGCACUUUGCACACCCAUCUGCAAGGAGAUCGGCGUAGAUCUGCAGACCAUGCAGACGCAACAGCCACAAGAGCAAGUUCAUCUCAACCAACCGCAACCACAAGAACUGAAAGGCCAAGGAUUCUCUAAGGACGUCUGCAGAAGCAUGAUUGCGAUGUUGGAUAAGGAUAACUCGGGCGGCCUCGGGUUUGAGGAGUUCAAAUCUCUUUGGAUCGAUUUACGCAAUUGGAGGGCUGUAUUCCGUUUGUACGACACGGAGGGCCGCGGCGCCAUUCCUCCCCAACACUUGAGAGAUGCGCUUCAUUCUGCUGGAUACACGGUCAACGCACACGUAUUGAACGUCCUUGCUCACAGAUACGGAUCACACGAUGGCUACAUACAAUUUGAUGAUUUCAUAAUGUGCGCCGUGAGACUCAAGACCAUGAUCGCCAACAACGAACCGCUCGAGAAUCUCGAACGAGAGCAGAACCCCUGAGCGGACGGACAGACGCCCGGACAUAAAUACCUUCAAGGGUCGGUCAUCGGGGGGUGACUUCGCCACGUUUUCCCUCGACGAAUGGCUGAAUCGCACAGUGUACUCUUAAGAUAUACGACUGUAUAAUAUGCCUUGUCACUAUCAAAAUAAAGUCUAUUAUUGAUCGAUUUUGUUGUACUUUGAGGGUAGUUGAAUAUUUUUUUCUUUAACUGUUGUAAAUUUUUAGGGUUGUGACAUUAUUAUGUAAUAAAUUAAAUAAAAUAUACUUACAGCAGACAAUAUAGGCAUACGAAAUCAUAAAGAUUCUUGAGAAAGAAUCAUUAACAUCAUUUAAGUAUGAAACAAAAUCUACUCAUCAUGCUAACUAAUCAAAUAAAAUUUGAAAUUGAAAAGUGUAUGUCACUAACAGUGUUUCUUUAAUUAUAUACUUACCAGUAAUAUUUUUUAAAGUUUUUUUUUUAAUAAUUCAUAAAAAGUUUUAAUUAAUUUUAGUUUAAAAAUAAAUAAUGGGAUAUAAUAUGGAAAUAACGCUAGAUCCUUAAUUCCUAUGGAAAUUGAGGAGAUCCACCAUUACAUAGUACCUAAACCAUUUUUUUUCAAGAUUACCUAUUAAACCUAAAACAAUACUAAAGGAUAUCUUUACUACGUAUUUUUCUUCGUUGUACUAUAAAGUACUUUUUUAUUCAACUACCCUCAUUUUAAGUCUACAAUUUUAGCACUUUAAAUCGCCAAAUAUAAUCAUUAUAUUAUUCCGAUUUUCAAUAAUAUUUUGUAGAGAUUUUUACGUCACAAAUCAUUAUUCUAUUAUAUUUCGGUGUCGUGGUUUUAUCUUUUUUAAAACGAUUACGGGUAUGUUCAUUGUAAUUUACAAAAAUCCUAUAAAUUUCAGUUUUUUUCAUUUUCAUUUGAUGUUGUAAUUUUCUAUUUAAUAAUAACUAAUUAAUAUUCCUAAUAUUAAAAUGCCUUAAGUCGUCCAUAUAACAGAGUAAAAUGUAAUAAACAUAAGGAAUAGCAGUAUUUUUGUAUCCACCGAUUUUUCAUUCCAGUUAUAACCAGAAUUAACCAGAUUUAGACAUCGAGUAUGUAGUCAAUACAGCUAUUAUGUUCUUAGUUAUUGGUCUAAUAUUAGACCACAAAGCCACAAAUAAAACUAGGUCAACAUUUCAGACCCAUGUUAGGCUAAAGACCAAUUUCGGUCAUUGGCUAAUUUUGACCUGUACAAAUAUACAGUACCAGAAUGUGCCCACUUUAUAAUCACAAGGGGCCAACUAUCGGCCACUUUGGGCGGAUAUAACUUGAAUUUAGACCACUAGGAACUAAUAUUAUUAUAAUUCCCGACAUAACUAUCAUUUUGGAUCCAAUUUAGAACUAUCUACGAGAACUUAUUUGUGUAAAAGGAGAUUGGCGAAUUACAUAGCUUCAGACCCAAACUUACAAAACCGUGAGCCUCAAGCCCACGUUCACGAAUCAAACUUUUCAUGCUUGUUCUAGUAAACCAGUCUAACAAAAAACUUCAUCAAAGUCUAUCAAAUAAAGUUGGGAGAAUAAAGAUAUUCACUUGUAUUACCAUGUAACGGUUAUUUAUAAUGUGCACUUGUGAAUAAUUAUAUUUUUGAUCCCCAUCUUUUAAAAGAAAAAUACUCUGAAAAAUAUUAUUAAAAUCAAAUGAUUUCUGAAUCCGAACGGUUUUUAAAAAUGCUGGGUCUAAAUUCGCCAACCUCCUUUAAGAUUACCAGUUUUUUUUUAAAUUUAUGCAUUCAUGCAUGCAUGCGUCUAAGAAAUGUAAAGAUUAUAAAUUAUAACCUAUACUAAAUAACAAUUUUUUUUUUUGGAUAGGCAAAGAUCCAAAAAGAAACUCCGAAACUAUUUAAUUUAAUGCGGUUCUACUCGUUUUUUUAUGCUAUGUACUCGAUGAUAGUAAAAAAAAAUAGUCGAGGAUCGUCUCUUUAGUUACUGUGCGAUUAAAGCUAGGUGCUUAGAUAUGUAUACAGAGCUGAUAAAAAAUCGAAUAUUCUAUUGAAAUAAAUAUAUAUUUGUAUGUUAAGCGCUAAGUUGCGUCGACAAUGCAUUUUUUAUUAUUUUUUUUAUUAUUGCAAGUAUUUAUGAAUGUAAGUUAUAUGACAAUUUUAAUUUUUUUUUUAUAUCCCAUGUGAGAUCUGAAAUAAAUAAUGUUAUAAUUUUA